AUGGCGGCGGCCGGUGGCGGCCCGGUGCGGCUGCGGCUGCUCUUCGACUACCCGCCGCCGGGCAGCCCGGGCUGCGCGCUGUGCUGGCUGCUGCUGGAGCCCAGCCAGGUGCGCCUCGUCACCGACCUCGUCAGCCUCAUCCGCCACAGGUUCGGCUUCAGCCGGCGGGCCCGCCUCAGCCUCUUCUUGGAGGGGGCGCUGCUGCCCCCCACCGAGAGCGCCCGCCUCGUGCGGGACAACGACUCGCUCCGAGUAAAAUUGGAAGAGAUAGUUGCAGAUGAUUAUGAAGAGGUAGAUGAUGGCUUCUCUUACACACCAAAAGAAGACAAAAAAAGGCGUAGACAAAAGCAGGAAGAGGAAGAAUUUUCUAGAAAUGAAGAUGACAGGCAUAAAAGGGAAAAGAAAAAGAAUAAACAUAAUCCUGAGUAUUCCUCUUGUAGGGAAGAGACCUCUGUAGAUAUUCGUGACUCUCAAAAAAGGUACAAGAAAAGAAAAAGAAAGGAAGAAGUUAGUGGAAGAAGUAGACUCACAGAAGGUAAGGAAGAGAGCUCCGCUGACCAAUCUAAAAAGCUUAAAAAAACAGAGAGGGAGAAACAGUUGGCAACAAAAAAGAAGGAUGAAAAGCAGACAAAGGCCGCUGCAGCAAAGAUGGCUUUAGAACAGGCAAAUGAGAGCUUUUCUCUAAAUUCUGGUAAAAAUAACACCACAAAAAUCACAAUACAGUCCAGAAAAAAAAGGGUGGGAUCUUCAGAUUCUUCCAGCACAUCGUCUGACAGUGACAGCAGUGAAUUUAACAUAAAGCAAAAUAAAUCUUUCCAUAAACCUGUAGUGGCAACACUUCCCAAACACAAAUCCCAAGCUGCUGCAAAUUCCGAUGUGAAAACUGUUGUUUCUAAUAAAGUGACUGUAAAGUCUAACGCUGAAAAUUCCACUAAGACUGCAAUUUGUAAAAAUGCCAAAAAAUCCCAGUCCUCUAGUUCAGAUUCUGACUCGAGUACAGAGGAUGAGAAAGUGGCAACAGCACAAGACAGUACUGCAAAGGAAAAGUCACUGCCUAACAAUGCAGCAGCUGUAAAAACCAGUACCACCAAGGCUCCCAAAGCAAAGACCUCCUCUUCAGAGUCUGAUAGUUCAGAUUCAGAAACACUUGUUAUUAAAAAACCUGCAGCAAAUGCUGAACUGAGUAAUUCCAUAGUAAGAAACUGUACUAAACAGUUGCCAGCCAGUACUCAAGGACCACUUGCCAGCCCGGGUCGUGGAAGGGGGCGUGGAACAGGAGAGGAUAACUUCUGGAGAGGACCUAGGGGCCGUGGGUUUCGUGGGAUGAUGAGGGGCCAAGGCCGUGGGAGAGGAGCAAACCCUGGCUUCUUCUAUAACUACAGCAGUGAAGGCCAGAAACAGAGGCAGUUAAAUGAAGCUGCGACAAACACUUCCGUUCUUGUCCAGAAUCCUGUGGAGGUCCCCAAGAGAGACUAUAGUGUGUUACCUCUUCUAGCUGCUCCACCACAAGUGGGAGAAAAAAUUGCCUUUAAGCGCUUGGAACUAACUGAAAAUUACAGUCCUGAAGUUUCAGACUAUAAGGAAGGGAAAAUAAUCAGUUGGAAUGCUGAUAAAAAACAGAUCGAGCUUGAGAUCCUUUCGUCAUCAGCAGGACAACUUGCUAAAGAGCCAGGGAAAUUUGAUCUGGUUUACCAAUCUGCAGAUGGAGCAGAACUGAUAGAGUACGCUGUUCCUCAGGAUACAAAGAUAACUGAAAGUUGGGAUGCACUGAUAGAGCCAAGACUGAUUGUUGAGCCUCCAGUUAAUGGAUCCAGCAUUGAAAAUGGAACAAUCUAAGAUGUGAACAAAUGUAAAUAAUUGUAUGGACUUGUUUUGUGAAAUGCUGCCUUCUAGUUCUGAGGGCAGCAGAUGCACUGGUGGAUAUUUUUAAUAAAUGGUUUUAAAAAGAAACUAUGCCAAAAGAAAAACACUUUUUUCUUAGGAUAUGUUUUUAUGUAAUACAGGAAUACUUUGUUAUAGGAAGUCUUUAAUAUAGAUCUGUUGGGGUUUUUUUCUUAAUAGAAGCUUAAUAACAAUUUUUAUAUCCUACUGCUGUGAGCUGCAGAACUGGAAUGGUUUGAUCAAAAAGAUAAAAUAUGACCUUGUACUGUCAGUCACUCCACGUAAAUGUCUGGGUUUGGCUAGAGCCGUGUAAGUGCCAUACAGAGGUAGCUUGCUGUAAGGAUAAUUAAAAACAACAUUUAAAAAUGAAAUAUAAAUAUUGUUGAUGUGCACAUCUCUUCCUCUACAGCUGCAGAGCAUGAUACAAAUGCCAUGACCUUGCAGUUAUUUACAGGGUUCACCUGAACAUGUCAAGAAAAGCUUGUGGAUUUCAACUUCUGUAAUUUUGAGAGGCAGAUAAAUAGUAUUGGUAACUGUCAACUUUGCCUAGAACCAGUGGAAUAUAACAUGAAUCCCUGGCAAAAUUGUGUCCCAGUGUGGUAAUCUGCGUAGGCUCUGAAAACCUGUUUGUUUGUUUUGAAGCAAACCCUUUCGCCCUUUAAGUGCUGAAGUUUCUGUGCUGCCUUUCUUCUUUCCUUCCCAAUACCAGAAUGGGUCGCCAGGUGGUGGCAGUGCGCCUCACUGACAUCUCUGCUGAUCACUAGCAUUGAGGUAGCACCUCCUACCCAUGUCCUACUUGCAUCUUGGCAAGUCUUAUAGUUUAAGAUAAUCCCUGUCCCGGGCAGUUGACUCUUAAACAGAAGACAUGAAAACAAAAAAAACCCCUAGAUACAAACAAAUACCUGAAAAAUUGUACAUCACGGUUUAGCUAACAUGUACUCUGACUAGUGCAUGAUUACAUUAAAAUAUUACACACCUUUGCAUU